AGUGACAAUGUGAUUAAGAAUUUGCGGCCCCUUUAAGAAACAUGACACCAUGCGCAUUGAAGAUGCGCAGAAGAGAGAAACGCGAGAGACGAAACAAGUGCUGAAACUUUCACCAGCUGAAAGCGAUGCUGUUAACGAUCGUGCAUGAAGAACAAACGUGGAAUAUUUUCUCCGAAUGCCGUAUAUUUCCAUUCUGCAGAUCUGGUCCUGUGGGUGUCAGUAUCACACAGUGAUCACAGUUCACACCUGCAGUGAAGCUCCUCCCACAACAAUUCACCAAUAAAUACUGGAAAUAUUCUCAUCAUCCUACAAGAGAAGGACAAACUCCAGGUGUAGCAGCUGAAAUCUGUGUGACUGUUAAAGAUGGAGUUUAUUAAAGAGGAGAUUGAAGACAUGAGUGAUCCAGAACCAUCCAGAAUAAAACAUGAAGAUACUGAGGAACAAAUAGAUCAGAUGGAAGUGCAAGAGCAAAGAAAAGAACUGGAGGAAAUUAAGGAGGAACACCAUAACUUUAAAACUCAAGGAGCAAAAGCCAAAAAGCUGCACACCUGCACUCAGUGUGGAAAGAGUUUCAGACAAAAAGGAGACCUUAAGAGGCACAUGAGAAUUCACACUGGAGAAAAACCGUAUACAUGCACUCAGUGUGAAAAGAGUUUUUCUCUAGUAUCAAGUCUGAAUAAACAUCUGCGUGUUCACUCUGGAGAAAAACGAUUCAACUGUGAUCAGUGUGGUAAAGAUUUUAUUUCUUCAUCAGAUCUUAAACGACACCUGAAAGUUCAUUCAGAUGAGAGGCCUUAUGUGUGUUCUCUCUGUGGAAAGAGUUUUUCGUGGCUGUACAGUUUUAAACAUCACCAGAAAACACAUGAAGGAGUGAAAGAUCAUGUGUGUUGUGACUGUGGGAAGAGUUUUUUUACAACGGAGUCUCUGAAACGGCACCAAAGAAUUCAUACUGGAGAAAGACCUUACAAGUGCUCAUAUUGUGAUAAGAGUUUCACUCAGUCUACACACCUGAAAUCACAUGAGCGAGUUCACACUAGAGAGAGGUUGUACUGUACUCAGUGUGAUAAGAGUUUUAGACAUUCAAUAAGCUUUCUCAGGCACAUGAAGACAUAUCAUUUGUUGUCGCAGUGAGAAACACUUAAUUUUCAUGUCAAAUACAUUAAAGUAAAUGUUGUAAGAUAAACAAAAUAUGGAGUUGUUCCCAAAAGCACAAUAUCUAAGUUGUGUCCCAAAUGAUGCACUAUACACUAUGCACUUAUACACUAUGUACUCAUCCAUGUAGUGCGUGAAUUGUAUAAGGUUAUUUUGUCAUUUAACAUCGGAGUCUGACAGCUAUGCUCCGCUACGUAAUUAAAGCUGUGACAGUUGAGUGCAUGAAGUGUCCAACAUUCCAAACUUUGUUUUUUUCCGUUGUUUUAGUGCAUCAUCCGCGUACUUAAAGUGCACUUUUUGUUUUUGGAAUUUUCAGUGCGAACACACUACUUGCACUAUUUAUUCUUAGAAAUGUCACAGAAUAGUGCACAAGUACGUGAAUUGGGACGCGCCUCUAGUUUAACUUUUGUUUGUAGUCUGAUCAAGAAACUGAAAGAGUGGUGUUUGAAGCUUCAGAAAGAAAAAAAAAAUACAGAAUAAAUAAUUAUUUGUUUCUUUCCUACUGGUUAGUUUCCAGUAUCUGUCUGGAUGGGUUGUGUCCUGAG